AUGGGAAGCAACCAUUCAUGGGUCUCAGAGUUCAUCUUGGUAGGACUCCGGCUCAGUGCAGAGAUGGAAGUAUCCCUCUUCUGGAUCUUCUCCCUGUUCUACAUCUUCAGUCUGUUGGCAAAUGGCAUGAUCUUUGGGCUCAUCUGUCUGGACCCGAGACUGCACACGCCCAUGUACUUCUUCCUCUCACACCUGGCCAUCGUUGACAUGUCCUAUGCAUCCAAUAAUGUCCCCAAGAUGUUGGCAAACUUAGUGAAUCAGAAGAGAACCAUCUCCUUUGUUCCAUGCAUAAUGCAGACAUUUCUCUAUUUGGGUUUUGCUGCUACAGAGUGCCUGAUUUUGGUGGCGAUGUCCUAUGAUAGGUUUGUGGCGAUCUGCCACCCCCUCCAGUACACUGUCAUCAUGAGCUGGAGAGUGUGCAUUGUUCUGGCUGUCACUUCUUGGUCAUGUGGAUUUACUUUGUCUCUGGUACAUGCAAUUCUCCUUCUAAGAUUGCCUUUCUGUGGACCCAGGAAAGUGAACCACGUCUUCUGUGAAAUUCUGUCUGUCCUGAAGCUGGCCUGUGCUGAUACUUGGAUCAAUCAAGUGGUUAUCCUCGCUGCCUGUAUGUUUGUCUUAGUCGGGCCACUCUGCUUAAUGCUAGUCUCAUACAUGUGCAUCCUCUGGGCCAUCCUAAAGAUCCAGUCAAAGGAGGGCCGCAGAAAGGCCUUCUCUACCUGCUCCUCCCACCUCUGUGUGGUGGGGCUUUUCUUUGGCAUAGCCAUGGUGGUUUAUAUGGUUCCAGAGUCUAAUCAACGAGAAGAGCUGGAGAAAAUACUGUCCCUAUUUCACAGUCUCUUUAACCCAAUGCUGAACCCCCUCAUUUACAGCCUGAGGAAUGCUCAGGUGAAAGCUUCUUUGUAUAGACUUCUAUCUGAGGAAGAGACCAGCAGUGGCAGCCUUCUGGUGAUCAGAGGGUCUUCCAAAAGUUACGAAGGGUCUGCGGAGUCACAGCAGGGACAAGCUGUGCCCCGCAAGCUCACUGAUCUCUCUCAUUCUCACGAGAAAGCCGUGGAAGGUGGAAAACACACAUACACCUGGACACAACACUGGCAUUAG